AUGUCUGCUGAGAGAGAGUUCCAGGACUUCGAGGAGGAACAGAACCAGGACGGGUACAAAGUGUCCGCGAAGAAAAGCGUGGACGAGUACAGGAGGCUCGAUGCGGAGGACGAGUCGCUCGCGAAGUGGAAGGAGUCCCUCGGGCUCGGAUCCGACGUGCUGCCGCUUGAGUUUGCUGGAGACAAGCGUAAAGUGGUUGUGCAGAAGAUUCAGUUGCUCGUGAACACGGAAUCGAAACCGAUCCUGUUCGAUCUUACCAACGAGCAGACUAUAAAGGAGCUUGCGUCGAAGAGGUACAAGAUCAAGGAGAACUCCAUUUACAAACUGAAGAUCACGUUUAAAGUACAGCACGAGAUUAUCACGGGGUUGAGGUACGUGCAGUACAUCAAGAAGGCCGGGAUCGCAGUGGACAAGAUCGAUGACCAUCUGGGAUCGUAUGCGCCCAACACAAAGAGCAAGCCGUUCUAUGAGGUAGAGCUGCCAGAGAGCGAGGCGCCCAGUGGGUUUCUCGCCAGAGGAAACUACAGCGCUGUUUCAAAGUUCAUUGACGACGAUAAGACAAGCCACUUGACUCUGAACUGGGGGGUCGAGAUCGUGAAGAAAUAA